UUCCGCCCGCUCCUCGGAGCGCUCCGCGUUCCCUCAUACAUCCCGCCGAGAAGGGCGGAAUCCGCCUGGAAAUGCCGGGACUGAGCCUAAAUCCCCUGGGGACGGAUCCUAAUUUCCCUGGGAUUGAGCCAAAGCGCCCAGAUCCUGGAGCUUUUAUGCAUAAGGGCGGUACGGGAAAGGGCAGGUGCCCGGCCCCUUUCCCGCCCCUCAUGAGGCGGCUCCGCCUUUUCUUGGCACCGUUCCGCAACAGUUUCUGAGCUUGAACCGCCGCUGGUCCCGGGGCUCCUUCGCCACCAGAGCGUCCCCAAGGUGUCCCCGGUGACCAUGGAGCCCAAAGAGCUGUCCCCAGCCCUGCUGCAGCCACAGGUCACCGUAGUGGCCACCCUGGGUGAGCUGCUGGACACCCUGCACAGGAGGGACGAGGAGGCGAUGAUGCUCGAGUGCCCAGGGCUCCUGCACAAGGAUCUGGAGGAGUUCACCGAGGAGCUGCGGGUCACCCUGCACGACAUUGAGAACACCCCGAGGCGCCACAUUGUCCCCAAUGAUGAUGAUGGCGGUGUCACCUCCCUGAGCCAGGCCCUGGCUGCCUACGGGAGCACCCCACAGACCACCCGGGGCAGUGUGGCAAUGGCAGCCAGCGAGUGGCAGUGGUCGGUGUCUGUGCUUGUGUACAGCUGGGCCAAGCUGUCUAGGAAGGCCACCGAGCUCUGUGACACCUGGAGCAAGGUGGCCACUGAGGCAAUGACCACCCGGGCCAGGGAGCUGCAGGCCGAGGCUGCCCAUGAUGGGACAGCUCUGGAACGCAUGGGGGAGCUGGGUCAGGCCCUGGGUGGGGAGGAGGGGGUUGAGGUGGGGACCAGGACUGAAUCCUCCGUGAGGAGAGAGGCCAGGGUGGCUGCCAGCGAGGCAACAACGGCCACCAUGGAGAGAGAGCGGCUGGAGCCGGCCCUGGGGCUGCUGGAGCGCUUGGUGGCCGCGUGUCGCAAAGCCACCACGUUCCCUCAGGUGCUGCAGAGUGUGCUCAGGGACACCGAGACCACCCUGAAGGGGACAAAGAAGUCCCCUGAUGUCCCUGAGGACUUGGUGGCCAAGGUGGCCGAGGCCGAACGGCUGUGGGAGGCCAACGCCCACCUGGCCAAGGAGCACCUGGUGGGGAUAGCUGACGACCUCAUCCGCAGCUAUAGCAAGAGUGGCCAUACCAGCCCCAGUGCCUGUGGGGUGCCGAAGCGGUGCCAAAGAGCCAUGGAGGACAUCCCAAGGCUCCUUCGACUCCCAGAGCGUCCCCAGGAUGUCCCCGAGGAGUCCCUAGUGAGCAUGGAGCUCAAAAAGGCUUUUCCAUUACACUACGCCUAA